AUGCCGUUUGGGUUAGUCAAUGCACCAUCUACCUUCUCAAGGUAUAUGGCAGACAUCUUCCGCGACCUUCCAUUCGUUCUUGUUUACCUGGACGACAUAUUAGUCAUGUCAACGACAACCAUGGAACAUAUCAGCCACCUAGAUACAGUUCUAAGCAGGCUCAAAGACCACCAAUUGAUAGCCAAAGAGAAAAAGUGUCAAUUCCUACAGAAGGAGCUUAAAUUCCUUGGGUACCAGAUAGCUGAGCGCUGUAUUCGGCCGAUCAAAGAUAAAUGUGAGGCCAUCAACGCCUUACCGCUAUGCAAGACCAUAAAGGAGACCCAGAGAUUCUUAGGAAUGAUCAACUAUUAUCGACGGUUUAUUCCCAGGUGCUCAACCGUUGCGCGCCCAUUGAUCGAGCUUAUAGCAAAGAAAACACCUUGGCCUACGGAACAGACGAAAGCCUUCAACGGCUUGAAACGGGCUUUAGUCUCUGCCCCAUUACUAGUACCCUUCAGUCCCGAGCGUGAAUACCGACUAACAACGGAUGCCAGCAAGUUAGGACUCGGAGCAGUACUAGAGGAGCUAAUCAACAACCGAGUAGCGGGCGUAGUAGGCUACUUCUCGAAAUCUUUGCAAGGGGCUCAAAAUAACUACCCGGCUGGAGAGUUAGAACUACUGGGUAUCAUUGAAAGUCUCCGCCAUUUCAAGUACUUGCUGCAUGGUAAGCGAUUCAAACUAAGGACAGAUCACAUCUCCCUACUAGCUUUGAAAAACAGAAGCGAACCAUCGAUGCGGCUAGCCAGAUGGCUAGACCACGGACUUUUUGGUGGCCACUACGGGGACACAAUCACAUAUGAGAAAGUAGCCUCGAAAUUCUACUGGCCCAAAAUGCUGGCCACAAUCCGAAGGUAUGUCAAAAGCUGUAUUCAAUGCCAAAUUAUGAAGAAUUCAGCCCAUAAAUCCCAAGGACUGUUGAUGCCGUUACCAGUCCCAGAAGGACGAUGGCUAGAUAUCGCAAUGGAUUUUGCGACGGAUCUACCGCGGACACGGUCGGGAUAUGACAUGAUCAUGGUGAUGGUCUGCCGGUUUUCAAAGAGGGCGCAUUUUAUUCCCUGCGCCAAAACUUUGGACGCUCAAGUGUGA